AUGCAGCGUCGGAUUGUGGGGACUCUGUGUCCCUCCCAGGUCCGUGCAGUAGCAGCCCUACGUUCUGGCCUCCAUCCUCGGGUACCUAAGGCUGGGUUGUCAGCAGUAGAUGGAACACUGUUCCGAGGUCUCUGGCGUAUAGCUCGCUUCUUCGACAAGAACCCCGCGUAUAAAUCACUCAUCACUAACGCCUACAGAACCAUAGAGGAGAAGCAGGAUCCGCUGUACACUGAGGCUCUUAGAGCCUAUCUGGCUGGUGCGGACUACUAUGUCCCUGGUAAGCCGGUCUCGGUACCAGGGCCUAAUGGCCAUUUGACUACGGCGACUUGUGCAUCCUUAUCGGCUGGUGACAGUUUGGUGGACCUCCUUCGUAUGUGCUUUCGUAGUGGUAUGGACUCGACAGAUUCGUGGUUCUCAGCAUUUCGCCACUUGUCGAGGAUAAGGGCCUUAUGUGAUAUGGUAGAGCUGGAGUCGGCAGUUGACCGUAAUGUACCGGCAUGGUUGAAGGGGACCAUUGAGCCUUCCUGGGGACCAGUAGUGCCGGGCUUGGUCCUGUUAGCCCAUCCCUUAUGCGAGGAGGGUACCUGGACACGUAGUGUCAUUGUUAUUACUGGUGGCGAUAAGCCUGAUGCCUCGCGUGGUCAUCAUGGUUGGAGACCUGAUGGUCUCAUUGUAAACAGGAAAGUGAGGGAAGGGACGAGGGAGUUGCAGAUAUUACGGGACCAAGCGGCUUUCUUCCGUAGCAUACGACGCAAUAAGAGGGUAGGACCAGCGUCAUUGCAGAGAACCAAAGGACAGCCCUCUCCAGGGGGGAAGGACCAAGGGGGGAGUGGCAGUGAUGGAGAGGAGACAUGGCUAUCGGAUAUGCAUGGUAAACAGCGUGCCCAGGAGGGGGCCUUCAUGACGGUCUUAUCCCAAGUGACCAAGGAGCCCUCCAGAUGGCAGUUUGGUGGUCCGGUUGCCUCAGUUGAGGUGCUCCACGAGAGCUUAGUGAGGGGAAAAAAUCCCCUUAGUAUAGGCCCCAAUGAGACCUCAAUAGGCCUUUUUCAUGGCUGGAAGCAGACCGAAGAUACGGAACUCCUCACCGAAGCCACUACACCGAGGAGGACGUUUGUGGGUAAAGCGGCUUGGGAGCGUGGUCAGCUCGAGAGGGAGAUGAACCUUGGUGUGUGGUAUCCUGUAAGGGUUACCUGUCCCGAGGCUCUGCGAAAAAUAAUGUUGGGCAAUCACGAGCUCAGUGAGGACGAUCUUUGGGCAGCGAUGGUGACGGAGUCCUGUGGUUCCCCAGAGAUGGCCAGACUACCGGUCUCAGCAGCUAAGGUUGUACGUUCUGAUCUCAAUGUGGACUGGGGGUAUUCUAGUGACAAUGAUGACGAGGAAUGGGGUAGUGCUGUGGCGAGUGAACGUGGGAGAGGCGUUUGA